AUGCGCAACAUUGACAGGAAAGCUAGAGGCGGCAAUCUCAUUCUCAAGCUUGACCUUGAGAAAGCCUAUGAUAGGGUGGAUUGGGUUUUUCUUAAGAAGGUGAUGAGACGAUUUGGUUUUAGUGACAGAUGGAUUUUCUUGAUGGAGGCAUGCUGGGAAAAUUGCUGGAUGCCUCUCUCAUAUGGUGCUGGAAAAAUAAAGCUUGCUGUUGAGAAGUUGCUGCCUCCUUCGUCCUCUGUUUCAGUUUAUAUCGUGUACUUGGGAGAUCUACCAAAGAAUGAAUUUCCGGUCGAGACUCUCCACCAUUCCAUUUUGGAACAAGUCCUUGAAAGCGGCUCAGCGAGAGAUUACAUCGUCUACAGCUUUAAAAAGAGCUUCAAUGGAUUUGCAGCGAGGCUCACCGAACAGGAGCAACAAAAGCUAUCUGGCAUGGAGGGAAUAGUAUCAGUGUUUCCAAGCAAAGCCCACAAGCUCCACACCACAAGAUCAUGGAAUUUUUUGGGCUUUCCCACUUCUGUUAAAAGAUGGCCGGAUCUCGAGAGCGACGUCAUUGUCGGUGUAUUAGACACUGGAAUCUGGCCGGAAUCCGACAGCUUUAGAGACGUAGGAAUUGGGCCCCCACCAAGUAAAUGGAAGGGAUCUUGCCAGAACAUAACUUGUAACAAUAAGGUUAUCGGCGCGCGCUUCUACAACGUCUUCAAUGAUUACGAUCGGGAGGAACCAUCUCCUCGUGACGUAGAAGGACAUGGGACACACACAUCAUCGACGGUCGCAGGGCGCGAAGUGAAAAAUGCAAGCCUAUUUCACCUGGCUAAAGGGAUAGCCCGGGGUGCAGUGCCAUCCACAAGGAUCGCUAUCUACAAGGUGUGCUGGUCGUUUGGGUGCAUGGAUCAUGACAUCUUGGCCGCUUUCGACGAUGCGAUCCACGAUGGCGUCGACAUCUUGUCCAUGUCUCUUGGGAAAUCUUUUGCAUUUGAUUAUUUUAUGGACUCUCAGGCCAUUGGAUCUUUCCAUGCCAUGAAGAAUGGAAUCCUUGUCUCAGCAUCUGUUGGGAACAAUGGGCCCACCAUGGGGACUGCAACCAACAUUGCGCCGUGGAUGUUGACUGUUGCGGCGAGCACGAUCGAUCGACGGUUCACAACCAAGCUGACACUCGGCAAUCAAAGGACCCUUGUGGGAAUUUCUCUGAAUACUUUUGCUACCCAGAAAAAGUUCUCUCCUCUCCUUUUGGUCCCAACUCAAACGGAUAUCUUUGGUCGCAAGAUUUGCUCGCUUGGCCCCUCGAAGAAUGCAAGCUUCGUAGAAAGGAAGAUCCUCUGCUGCGAAGGCCGGUUCGAACAAGAAAUUCCAACAACUGCUCGAGGAAUGGUUAUGAUAAACGACAUCCGAAACGAUACUGCAUUCUCUUACAAUAUCCCAAGUCUUGUUCUUGGAAGCACCAAGGGUAGGGACCUUUUGAGGUACCUGAACAAGACCAGAAAUCCAGUGGCUAGGAUCCACAAAAGCCAAGCUGUUUUCGAUCCAAAGGCUCCUAAAGUUGCUUCAUUCUCUUCCAGAGGACCCAACACUGUUACAAGAGAUAUUCUUAAGCCUGAUAUAAGUGCUCCAGGAGUCGAUAUCUUGGCCGCAUGGUCACCGAAAGCCUCGAUUUCGAUGUUGCUGGGUGAUAAACGGUCAUCGAAGUAUAACAUCGAUUCUGGAACGUCGAUGGCUUGUCCCCAUGUAACCGGUGUGGCCGCCUAUGUUAAAUCAUUUCACCCGUCAUGGUCUCCGGCGGCCAUUAAAUCUGCUAUUAUGACCACAGCUUCUCCCAUUGAUGGGUCCAACAGUCCAGAUUACGAAUUUGGUUAUGGUGCGGGCAACAUCGAUCCAUUGAAGGCCGUACAUCCUGGUCUGGUGUAUGAUGCCUUUGAAGCUGAUUACAUUCAAAUGCUAUGCAGCGAAGGCUACAGUGCAGAGGAGCUUAGUCUCGUAACAGGAGUUAAAACCAACUGCACCAAUGCCACUAUUGGAUCUUCCAGAGAUCUCAACUAUCCGUCGAUGGUGGCUUCGAUUUCAGAACCAAACAAUUUCACAAAAACGUUCUUACGAACCGUGACGAACGUUGGCUUGCCCAAUUCCAUGUACAAGGCAAUAAUCAAAUCUCACCCUCAAGUGCAGAUCACCAUCGAACCCAGCGUCCUCCAUUUCAAGUCAGUGUAUGAGAAGCUCAGCUUUACAGUGACGGUCUCAGGUGGGCCAUUGACAAAUGGGGCGAUUGCUUCUUCCUCACUAGUCUGGUCCAAUGAAAAACAUUGGGUUAGAAGUCCCAUAGUUGUGUACUCAAACGCCAAUCCUUCAUCUGGAUCAUCAUUGCCGUCUAUGGCGCCAGCCCCUUCGCCUUCUGCUUGA